UUCUCACCUUUCUUCCUCUGUGUUCUCCAUCUCCAUUGCAGAGGAUCGGAGAUGGAGGGAGAAGACGAGAGAAGAGAAGCAGCGAUAGCAUCGGCUCCCGCUCUGCAGCCUAAUUCCAAGCCCUCUGGCGUCACCAAGGGCCAGCUCUCCAAAUUCCAGGAGCUGCACAGAAGGCGUCUGCAAAUUAAAGCAAAGUCAAAGAAGCAGAAGGGACUGAAAGGUGUGACCAGCAAGUUCCAGUGGAAGUAUGACAAUGACAAAGAUUGUCUGGGGGAUGAUUCUGGCCCUCAAGGUUCAAGCGUGCCCGACUCUGGAAGCCCUACCGAACAGGAGAAUGUAGCAACGGAUGUCGGAUUGAAGACGCGCCAGAAGUUGCAUUGGGGGCUUGAUGUGAAGGAAAGAUGGGAAAGGAAAGCGAACAUGUAGCUGUAUGCUGCCACGCAGAAUUGUGGAGCUCCCAGACCAUCAUCAUAAAGUGCUAUUUGUGUGACGGAGAAAGUGCAGGAUGUGUUCUCUUAACGCACGACACGAGGAGAGCUUCCCAUAUGUUGGAGGCAUUUGAGAUGCGGACUAGGUGAAGCCAUGAGGAUGUUGUAUUCUUCUUGUGCGUAGCACUCCCAUUUUGUUGCUUUUAGGUGUGAUGACGGAGUGUAUUUUUAUGUACAGAACAAUGACUAGUGAAACAUGGAAAGCAGACGUUAAACCGAACUAUGUCCAUUCUUAUUUCUCCUGGUUAAGUGA